CAAUACAUACAGUGCAAGCACACAUUUACCACAGUGAGUCAACAGUCAUGCGUAGUCCCAUGUCUAUUUCGGUAUGGUUGCCAGUGCUUCUUUGUCUGACCAUAGUUUUGGCAGAAGCUUCACCCAAACAUUCUAAACGACGAGGUUUGUGGACUGCUGAAGAUUUGUUUGAACCAAGAGUCAAGAAAUCGUAUUGUAUCCCUGUCUACAACCCAUGUGGAUGGAACGGGCGGCCUUGUUGCACGGGAUAUACAUGCAAAGAGGCUACCUUAAAGUGGCGUUUUUCAAGACGAUAUAAAUGCUUAUAAUCGGGGCCUAUUAAGCAUGAAAUAUUUAACGAUGCCAGAGAUGACGGACGUGCAUUGGUGCAGUGAGGUAUAAAAACGGAAUGAAAAAAAAAUAAUGAUUCGAUUAGAAAGCAGUGUCUGAUACACAAGAGUGAUAGUCAAGAAUUCCUCCUGUACAAAUUUUCAACAAUUUUAGACUCAAAAUAAAGGAUGACUUGCAAAACA